ACCGACCAGCCAGUCAUAUCUUCUCUCGUCGAGUAACUUCAGUGGCCAUUCAGCAGCACAUCUCUCCUUCUCUUCUCGUACCUUUUUGCACCACCACCACUAACCACCACUAACCACCACCACCGGGGUGUUCCGCCCGAGAGACAGAGCGCCAUGGCCCGCGUGGUGGUUGAAGGGAUGCCGGAGACGGCCGCCGGAGGAGGAGUGAUGCUGAACCGACGGAGGAGCAAAGCCAGGCGGAGAAAGCGAAAGGAGUUGUUCGCCAUCCAGAUGUGCUUUGCGGGGGUACUGCUGGGGCUCGUCGUGGGGCUCAAGUCUGUGGUUCAGAAAGCAGGAUAUCAAGUUCCCAGUUCCUUGGUCGAGGAGGGGGCGAGGUGGGAGAGUCGUCACCUUCUACAGGAAGUCUACGACAACGAGUCAAAGUUCUACGCUGAGCCGAUAAAAAACUGCACAGAACCAGGGAUCCAUGAGUUCCCCAGGGAUUACUUCACCAACCAGGAGCGUGUUGAUGGAGCGGUGGGCCUACACGUCCUCUGUGCGGUCUACAUGUUCUAUGCCCUGGCGUUGGUGUGUGACGACUAUUUUGUCCCCUGUCUAGAGAAGAUCUGUGAGCGUCUUAGCCUGAGUGAAGAUGUUGCAGGAGCAACCUUUAUGGCAGCCGGCAGUUCAGCCCCUGAAUUGUUCACCUCUGUCAUUGGAGUUUUCAUCACGAAAGGUGAUGUCGGGGUCGGCACCAUCGUGGGCUCAGCCGUCUUCAACAUCCUCUGCAUCAUUGGAGUGUGUGGGAUAUUUGCCGUACAGACAAUACGUCUCACCCGCUGGCCUCUGCUCAGAGACUCUACGUACUACACCCUGUCUAUUUCUGCUCUUAUAGUGUUCAUAUAUGACGAAAAAGUGGUUUGGUGGGAAGCUCUCACGUUGAUUCUGAUGUAUUUCGUCUACAUUUUGCUCAUGAAGUUUAACUCCCACGUUGUUCGUUUCCUGGAGAGACGGAAGAAGAACUCGUCUAGUUUGAGGAACGGAGCGGCCAACAACGCCGAGCUAGACGACGGCUGUGAUGCGACCAGUGUUCUACUGAAGAAAGCGAACCACCACAGGAAGCCGUCGGUGCUGAUGGUGGACGAGCUGCUGUCGGCGUACCCCCACCAGCUGUCCUUCUCCGAGGCCGGCAUGAGAAUCAUGAUCACCAGCCACUUCUCCCCAAGAACCCGCCUCACCAUGGCUUCACGGAUGCUCAUCACCGAGAGGCAGCGUCUAAUCAACACACGGACUUUGACCAACGGUGACUCUGAUGGUCCAGUGAAAGGAGGAAGUAGGCGGGGCGUAGAAAACGGACUGUCCGGGGCUGAAAGGGGUGUCGGCGUUCGCCAUGACGACCGGGAGGCGGGCAAUGAGACGGAGAACGAGGACAACGAGAACAACGAGAACGAUGAAGAGGAAGAAGAAGAAGAAGGAGAGGGACCCCUUGUACCCUUCCGCUGCCCAGCGGGAGUGUGUAACAAGCUGAAGUGGCUGCUGGCCUGGCCUCUGUGCCUGCUGCUGUACUUCACCGUCCCAAACUGCUCCACGCCUCGCUGGGACAACUACUUCAUGCUCUCCUUCGUCUGCUCCACCAUGUGGAUCGCCGCCUUCUCCUACGUCAUGGUCUGGAUGGUAACGGUGAUCGGCUUCACACUCGGUAUCCCAGAUGUCAUUAUGGGCAUCACCUUCCUGGCGGCCGGCACCAGCGUCCCUGAUUGCAUGGCCAGCCUAAUAGUGGCACGACAAGGAAUGGGAGACAUGGCGGUGUCCAACUCCAUCGGCAGUAACGUGUUUGACAUCUUGGUGGGGCUCGGUCUCCCCUGGGCCCUCAACACCCUGGCGAUCAACUACGGCUCUGAUAUCAAACUAAACAGCAAAGGACUGAUCUUCUCUGUGGGGCUCCUGCUGGCGUCCGUGUUUCUGACUGUCCUGGGAGUUCACCUAAACAAGUGGACGUUGGACAAGCGCCUGGGUUUCGCAUGUCUCUUCCUCUACUCCGUCUUCCUGAGUUUCUCCUGCCUCAUCGAGUACAACAUCUUCACCUUUGUCAACCUGCCAACCUGCCGGGACUGAUGACACAAACACACACACACACACACAUACACAUACACACAUGCAAACACACACACACACACACUGAUAUGCGCACACACUAGAAGUGUUUGCAAGGAGUGAGGUGAAGUAUUAAAUACAGACAUGGCGGUGGUGUCCGACGACAGAAUGAGAACCAGAAAGUAUAAAUCUAAAUCUAAUCAACAAACACUAUUUGACACAGAUCUGAUUCACACACGUCUACGAGAAGACAUCCCACUCUGCUCUUUUCUUUUUUGACGCCUGUCUUUCUGCUCAGUGCAAUAUGGAGCCGCUCUGAUGUUUUGCUCACAACCAGAGUGCGGGAUUGAUUUCAGGAGCAGAGAUUGGACUUGUUACAAGUCCUCACUCACACAGAGGACAGCACUGAGGACGACUACAACAACAACAAGAACUCUUUGUCCGACCACUGCUGACGUGAGGACCUUUUAUUUUGAAAUUCCCCCGUAUUUAGGUGUGAAAGUAGUGAUGUUUACUAGCUGCUAAUCUUUCCUGAGAGGAAAGGCAGGUCUUUUAGAUCUACUAGUUGAGAGUAAUAAUUAUAAAAAAGCAAUGAUGUAAAAUGGGUGGGAGGGCGUAGGUUAGCGCUGUGGUGCAGAUAACGUUGUUUAAACAGGGUCAGAGUUGAAGUCUUCAGGCUAAGAACAGAAUCUGUUGAACAUUUUUCAAAGGUUAUGUUAGGACUAUUUAGAUUUCCAUUAUGUGCUCAUAAUUAAUUAACAUUUUAAGCUACAGAUCUUAGGGGAAAAAUACCUGAAACACAACCUCCCCCUCCCCCAGGGCAUUAUCCAGUCACCUUUUUAUAAAUUAACUUUAAUAGCAUCACAGCUGUAGCUUCUAUGUUUUGUACUGGAAAUUAAUUAGCUGUAUGGAGAGUUUUUCUUUUUUCCCCCUCUGUAAAUAGCACACCCCUUUGUAAAUAACCCCAGAUGUCAUAUUUAUUAUUUAUUCAUGUCAUACGCACAUUUCUCCUCCGGAGGUCACAAAACACCCGGGGCAGGUUUUUAUUUAUUGACCCAGGGUUGCUGAAAUCCACACCUAAGAUCUGUUCAGAUGACCACUCGUGUUACAAACAAGCACAAUUUCCCUCUGAAGGUAUUUUGUCUUGUUGAUUUCAUUAAUGACUUGAUUUUUAGUUUAUGUAGUGUGUGUGUGUGUGUGUGUGUGUGGAUGUUAACUUGCACUGAAGAGCUUAAACUAGCUUCAUGGGGUUUUUCCUCCUAACGCAUGCUGAUUAUAAGGAGAGCAUCCUUGUAAAAUGAAGCAGCUUUGUAUGAAAUUAUCACGGUUUUAAGGAAGCAAAUGUUUGUGUUGAGGUGUCAUAGUCUGUGCUGCCACCUAGGGGACAGAAAAUAAUGAACUGCUGCUUUCUCUCUUAAAGACACCGACCAAAUAGACUGAAAACAGUGGUGGCAUUAUUUAAAAACGACAGCCGAAGCACGUUUGGACGAGGUUAUUUCCUCUGUGGAUGUCCUGCUUCACUUCCUCUGUGGUCCCAAAGAGGAAGUGAGGUAUUAAAAGUGGUAGUAUCGUAGGAGUAAAGAUGCAAUAUAAAGCAUCAGGACUUUUAUCCCAGCUCUUAAUACUUUUAUUUUUAUCCAGGAGUUCUUUGUAUUUUGUAAUGCCUAAUGUCUAGAUUUGUCCAGAUAUGGUAGGUUUGUGGUAAAAUUGAGAUAAAUAUUCCUACUAGUUUUUAGAGCAUGUACAACGUGGUUCGUGAACCCCUACGGGGGGAUUUUAUAUUCCACUACAGGAGUCAAGUUACGCCAACGAAGUCACAUUAUUCAGUCAGAGACGUCCACCACAGAAAUGAACACUUAAAAAUCUGCUUUUUUCCUCCAGAUAAGUUCAUUUGAAAUGUCAAGUGCUCUACUCUUUUAUUUUUAUUUGUAUUCUUUUGAUGGAAGACAAUUGCUAAAACUCAACUUAAUUUGUUUCAGGGACAUUUUUAAUUUAUUUACCAGUAAUAUAAAAUAUAGAAAUCUGAGAAAUACUGUCUUUCGAAUGUACAAAUAAUGUUUUUUUUUGUUUAUAUAUCAUACAUAUUUAUUUAUUUCAGAGACACAGGCAGAAUAUUCUGUGCUAUGACCGGAAAACAGGGUUUAAAUGUGUUUUGAAUCUUAUUAUGUAAUGCAAUAACUAUGAGCUUACAAAUAUGUAAAUAUGCCGCUUUAAUGAUCAAAGACACAUUUAUAUUAAGAGUUUAACAUGAUGUAUUCAAAUUGUCAAUGAUGUCUUGUCGAUAUGUUAACACUGAAAUGAUUUACAAACAAUCAAAACAGGACUGUUAUGAACUUACAGAGCCCUAAACAUCAUCACGGUCAGUUCUGCAACACAAACAGCAUAAUCAAAUGAAGGGUACUAUAUCAUCAAAUACUGUCGAAUCUGGUUAUAAUGUCGUCCUGAAGGGAGACCUUGAUAUUCAGAAUCUGAGCUAAUCGUUUUCUUUAUCAUAAGCAUGUCAUAUAUAUAUAAGAGUAGAAAUGUUACUGAAGACACAGCUUUUAUAUAUUCAUUUCAUUUUAUAAGUCCCAUCAUUUCCUAAUAAUUUAUUUGAAAGUUUCCCUGAAAGAAAUAUGUGAUUUGGUGCUAAUUAUAGGGAAAACGGAGAGAAUAUUCUGAGAUAGUAUACAAAGUACAUAACUUAUUUAUUUGAACGAAUAAGAGAGAAUUGUUAAAUAGUUGUUGAGUUUAUAAGCAGUUGUUGAUUUCCAGAGGAAUUACAUGUAAGUCCGUUUCCACCAGAAAAAAAGAAAAGAAAAAAGUUACAAAAAUCAGUCAAAAGUCAAAAUUAUGAGGUAGUCAAAAUGUUGAAAAUGCAAAUUACCUUUUAAACCGAAUGAUGUAUUUACUAAGUCAAAAUUGUUAAUUUAUUUUUGACUAUAUCAUAAUUUAGACUUUGAUUUUGACUAACAUACUUUUGACUUAAAUCCUUAUUUUUUGAGUUAGUUUCACAUCAUUUAGCCUUACUAUCUCAUAAGUAAAUUUUUAACUAAGUAAGAUCAAAAUUUUUAUUUUUAAUACAUAUUAUUUGAUUUUCAAAGUCAUAAUUUAGUCUUUGAUUUUGACUAACCCAAUUUUGACAUGAAUCCUUAUUUUUGGAGUUAUUACUGUAUCUCAUCAUUUAGCCUCACUAUCUCAUAAAUCUCAUCAGUACAUUUUUGACUAAGUAAAAUCAAACAAUUUUAUUUUUAAUACAUUUUAAUUGAUUUUCAAAGUCAUAAUUUUGACGCAGCACUUAAGUAAGUAGCCGUGCAAUAUGCAGGAUAAUGUACAGCUAGCGGGUCAUUGUAGUGAAAUAAACCCCUUCUGUCGGGGUUUAUUUCACAACAAUGACCGGCUCGCUGUACAUUAUCCCUUACAUAUAAUUUUCUUUCUAGGAAAUUGUUGGGAAGUCAUGGGACCAAUAAAAUAUAGCGUGUCUCUCUCUCUCUCUCUCUCAAAUCCUCAAAAUGCUGAUGACUGUUGGUACUUUAAAAUCAACACUUCAAAGUUUAGUUUCAAAACAUCAACAGUUGGUGAUUUUAAUUAAAUUCAGACACUUUAAGCAUGUGUAUUGUAGCAUUCCUGGCUCAAAUCAGUAUCUAUCACUAUAGCCACAAGCUCGCCACUGCUAAUUUUUGGUUGGGUAACUAAGCUAUAUAUAUAUAUAUAUAUAUAUAUAUAUAUAUAUAUAUAUAUAUAUAUAUAUUUACACUAUAUCAUACGCUAUGCUGGCUGUUGAAGAAGAAACACUGGUUACAAGUCAUCAAUCAUCCUUUAAUGUUUUUAUCAGUAUCUUUAUAACCCAGGGUGUGUUUUUUCAGUUUAUCAUAUAUAUCAGAAAAUAUCUGUAUCAUGCACUUUACCAUUUAACAAUCGAUGCUACAGAUUAUUUGGUUCCAUACAUUCUGUGCUGCUAUUCACUGCAUGUACCUAACACCUAAACAUAGGGUACCAUGUCUUUGAAACUAACCAAACUACCAUAAAGACGCUCACGUUUUGAAAAGAGGCGUCUUGUAGAGGAGAUUUCUAAAUAAUUUGUGAUAUUCACAUGGGUGAUAUUGCUGAUGUACAUAUGUAUAUAGAUAGGUGUAAAUGUAUUUAUAUAUUUUUUGUCUCAAUCUGUAUAUCUGUUGAAUAUAUUUUCAUAGAUCCUAGGUCUCCCUUGUACCCCCCUUUGAUGUGUUUGAGACCUCCGAAACUAUUGUCCUUUGUUUACUCGCAUGGAGAUAUUUCAAUAUGAUAAAUUAUUUAUGGUAAAUCUUAAUGUACUUUGGGAUGAGAGUCCAAUGAGGUUUUUAGGUGGCACUGGAUUUAGUUUGAACUGGAUAUCCUAGAUGACUGCAUGCUGUUGCUAGUAUAGGAUAUAAAGUGAGUGGAGAGUGAGAGUGUUUGCAGACGAUACGUUUCUCUACGUAUCCAAGCUUUACCUCUUCAUACACAAGAAACUUUUCAACAGAAUGGUUUACUUUGUGUUUAGAUGUUUCAAAUGUAAUUUUAGAGAUCAUUUUGCUACCUGAGCAUUAAUAAAGUUGUCUUUGCUUAAGGUUACACAA